AAGUGCAACUUUCUUCUAAUAUUUUCGCGGAAUUCGUGCUUUUCAAAAUCAAUUACUCAGUGGUCGGGUUUUGUCAUGCGGAGAUCUAUGUCACCUCUUCCGAUGGAAAAAGGUCGGGUGACGUUUGUUCGGAAAAAGUUGGACCGCAGGAGGCAGGCCGGAGGGUUUAUUUCGGAGGGAAUCGUCAAACCAUGCUUGUUCAACUUGAAAAUAGGGUGCAACGGGAUUAAUCGUUGGAGGUAUUCAGUAUUUCAAGUUAGAUGUAAUGAAGUCUUAGCAAAAGAAGAAACCAAUAUAAAGGCCACUGACAUUUAAGCAUCUGUGUGAAACUUUCAAAUAUGAUUCCUUCCAUUCUUUCCCGCAACAACGAUUGAAACCUGAUUGGGUUCAUUUUUUCAUUUAAAUCAAAACAUUGAAAAAAAAGCAAUAACAAAGACAAUCUUCAACUAUGGUGAAGUGGAUAGCUCGGUGUGCUCGCCUUGUUUUAGUCAUCUUUUGCAUUGUUCUCUGUGGUGUUUACAGCCAUCCAGAUAUAUACCGGGUUCGACCCAAAGACGGCGGCAGAGUCAUACAGCCCUAUUCCUGUCGAGAUCCUGUAUCUAAAGGAGAGGGUGUCUGUAUGUUUUCUUGGAAUUGUCAACGCUCCAAUGGCACACAUCUCACCUAUUGCAUGGACAGAUUUUAUUUUGGCAGUUGCUGCAGACUGCCUCCAGGUGUUUACAUAGCUACUCCACCUCCAGAAUCUUCAAAUGAAGUUACAGAAACAGAAGAUACCCUUAAAACAAAAAUAUAUCCAAGUACUCAUAGAACUACAGAAGUACCUACAUCACAAAAGUGGUCAACAGAAUCAACAACACAGGAGAAAAAGGAGUCUAGUUCAAUUCGAUUCACUUCAAAACCUACCAGAUCUUCCACAACAGAAUUUCCACCCGGCCUUGUAACCUGGAGACCUAAUGCAGGCAUCCGAAGUACAAGAGUUCCUGUUAAAGUAAAACCUACUAAACUAUUUUCAACAAAGCCACUUUUUGCAAGUUCAACCACUGAAGACAAAACAACAGAACAACCUCCUUCCACUUCGACUUCGAACAUUAUAAUUGAAGUUUAUACUUCAACUAGUUCGAAAAUUGCUACACCUCAGUCUUCUUCUUCUUAUGGGGCUGAUACUUCUACAUCAAAAUCAACAACACAACGACCUCAAACUUCGGUAACAUCAGUUUCCAGACGGAGAACGAGGCCUACUCGACCACAUGGAAGCAGUUACCCAAAGCGCAAAACAAGACCGACAAGACCUUACCAUAAUAGAAAUACGACUCAAAUUAAAACGAAGCCCACUCGUCCAGUCAAUAGACCAACAACACCCAUUCCAACAGUAGACAGAGAAGCAACAACUUCACGUCCUACAAUAGGAACUUGGUCGAAUAUUCUUGACAGAACAACAAAACCAUUUUCGUUGAGAAGAACAACCUCUUCUUCUUUAACCAGAAAAACUACGCCUUCUUCAACGACGAAAUUAACGACUCCUUCAACGACGAAAAGAACUACUCCUUCAACAACGAAAAGAACUAUCCCUUCUUCAACGACGAAAAGAACUAUUCCUUCUUCAACGACAAAAGCAACAACUUCAGUUGUUGUUACAGGACCAUCGACUACUCCAACUUCCAUUACUUCAUCCAGCACUACAUCAAGAACGACUGUGAGAACAACAGUUAAAAAACGAAGACCUACUCGACCUCACACUGUCUCAACUACAUAUACUCAUCUUGCUCCAAAAACAACACAGACCACAACUCGGAGGACAACUCCUACUCUUCCUACUACUACUACAAGGAGGACUACGCCGAGACCUGUGGAAAUCAUUGAAAUUAUAACUUUUCCACCCUUUCCAGGAGCAACUCGCAAACCAACAGAACGUCCAUCUUCUUCUUUGAGUACUGCCUCUGAAACUCGUAAAACUACUACAUUAAGACCCACGCAAACAACUUCUACAACAGAGGCACCCUAUACUUCAAGCAUUUCAAGCACUACUGCAACAAAAACAACCACUACUGAGUUGUCAUCUACUACUCAGAAAAUAAUUCCCAGUCAAGAUUAUACAAAAGACAGCACUGUUGCUCAAACUUCAACCUCUGACGUCAUUUUAUUGACUACCAACCAAGAUGACGAACUAGUUUCUUCAUCAACUCUUAAUCCUGAUUUAGAACUAACAACUGAACAGGGGGAAGACACGACUGAACAAUGGUUUACUACGACUUCAGGCACACAAUAUGAAAAUCUUGGUAGAAAUCCCAUUGUUCAGCAUAGACCUGUUCAAGUCUUAUAUGAUGAACAUGGGAAUGAAAUUGUUAGCCAAGAACACUUUGAAGAAGUGUCUGCUUCUAAACUCGAGCACACAAAUAGUCCAACAUCACCUAUGACUAGAAAACCACCCACAACAACAACUAUGAAAGUUCCAUCAACAACAGAUGAAACAUCAACGCAAUUUGAUGUAACAUCAAAGCAAUUUAAUGUAGCAUCAACUAUGCCUCCAUCUGAAUCUAAUUAUAUAUUAAAUAACACAGAGCUGCCUGUGACGUCAAUGGAAGUUGAUACUUCAACACAAACUGUAGAGAGAUCAAAAGAAACAAGCACGAUAUCUGAGCAUACAGUUUCUUUAGUAAGGGGCUGGGGCGAAAAAACUGAGUUUUUGAUUACGAAAGAAAGUGAAAUGACAACUGUCACUGUUCCAGAAUUUUUGAAUUAUACACAUUCCUAUUCCUCUUAUACUAAUAAUACGGAAAGCAGGGAAUCUACAGCAAAUAGUUUUGCCUCUGAUGAUACAGAAAAGACAUCAGUUGAUACAACAUUAAGCACAUUGGAAGCCUCGACAACCGAAAGUACAAUCGCUUUAUCAGUUUCAGGCUUCGAUGAAAUUUCUAACAUAACCUUAGAAACCAACCCUACAACAUCUCAUACCCAAGACAUUGAUCAAUCUACUUCAGUUUACGAAAUAAAUGUUCCUGUAUUAACAACCACUAGUGAGAUGCAUAACGCUGAAACCCCUGAAGCUACAAUCCAUGGUGAUCAUUGGUUGGAUGACUUGUAUGAUUAUUAUGAUUACUAUUUAGAUCCUUUCUAUGAUCAUAAUCCCCAUAUUAGCGAAAGCAAGCCAAAUAAAAAUACAGAAGUGCCUCUUGAGACAGUUAAUAAUCACAAGAUAACUUUUGCUCCAAUCGGCACGUUUGAUGCUUUGGUUCAAGAAAAGAAUCAAUUAUCUGGAAAUUCACAUUCUUCAAGUGAGACUUUAGAUACUAAAAUUUCUUAUGAAACCACUUCAUCCCUUAAUUUGACUACAACAGUUGUCCCUAUAGAUAACCAAACUUCUCGUCCAACAAUUCCAAAUGAAAUCAAAACGCAUUCGAAAGUCACUCCUGGUUCCGUUCUCAAACGUCCACAAAAACCCUUUCUACCUAGUAUACCACAAGAAAGACCGUCUAUUAAGAAGCCUUCUAAGCCACCCGUAACUGUUUCAAGUACAGAGCAUAGCAAAGAAUUAACUACUGAGAAGUUUGUCUCGGAAAGUAUUGAACUAACAACUUAUCAAUCCAUUCCUGAGAGUAUUAUAGACGGUAUAAAGACAACCAUAGUUACAAUUGACAAUCAUAGACCUCCUGUUCAUGAUUCUAGUAGCAGUAUUAGCAGUCAAUCCUUAUUUCCAAGUCCCGUUUACCAACCUGUCACUGAUGCUGGAGAUAAAUCGGAAACAGAAAAUUUUAUUUCCGAAUCUACUUUGGAACCUGAUAAAUUUUCGGUUUUUGACAUCUCGAAUGGUUCCACAGAGGAAAUAAAACAUAAUGAGACGGAUACUACAGACGUACACCCAAUCGACAAUUUAAUUAACGAUGUCGAGGAAACAGUGGCGGAAACCUCAACAAACAUUCCCACAAUUCGAUAUCCAUUUCCAACAAUACUUAUGCAGCAUACAACGAAGCGACCAGUAAUUACCGAUUCACCAAAUAAACUUCAAACGCAAUUCGACACUGAUACAACAAAUUCUACUUUUAAAGAAUCCACAACAAAUUCCCUCCCAGGAGUAACAGUUACUUCGCAGACUUCAUUUAGCGAAGAGAUAAGUGACUCCACACCAGAAGAUGUUACUUCAUUACAUGAAGUAACUUUUGGUGCAACUGUUAAGAAGCCAGUUGAAGAGGUUGCUUCUACACUAUCAGUAACUGAUAAAAGCACCGAAAUAUCUCAACAAACAGAAUCAACUAGUGUAUCUAAUAGGGAUGAAACGUCAACUUUACAAGAAUCAGUGACGUCAACAACAAAUAUGCCUGAUGUUACAACACCAACAUCAAUUACAACAACCAAUAUUAUCUAUACAUCAACCGAUAUAGAUUUAUCUUCAGCUGAUUAUAAGGAGGUAUGUGGUAAGCCAAUUCCAGGACCAAUGGGACGAAUCGUUGAUGGAGGAAACUCGUAUUUUGGAGAAUGGCCUUGGGUGGUUUCAUUAAGACAGUGGAAAGCAAACUCUUUCAAACAUAAAUGCGGAGCUACACUUUUGAAUGAAUUUUGGGCAAUAACUGCUGCACAUUGCGUUGAAAACGUUCCUCUUACGGACAUUCUUCUUCGAAUGGGCGAAUAUGAUAUUACUCACGAAAACGAACCUUUACCAUUCGUGGAGAGAAGAGUCCAGAUCAUUGCCUCCCAUCCUCAAUUUGAUCGCAGAACCUUCGAAUACGACUUAGCUCUAUUACGCUUCUACGAACCUGUCGUGUUCCAAAGAAAUAUCCUUCCUGCUUGUGUCCCAACAGGCAACGACACCUAUGUUGGAAGAUACGCAACUGUUACUGGAUGGGGAAGAUUGUAUGAAGAUGGACCUCUUCCUGAUGUGAUUCAGGAGGUAUCUCUUCCAAUCAUCACCAACAAGCAGUGCGAGAGCAUGUACAAGCAAGCAGGAUUCGUUGAGGACAUACCGGACAUAUUCAUUUGUGCGGGAUACGUGAAUGGUGGAAAGGAUUCCUGCGAGGGUGAUUCUGGUGGACCAAUGGUAUUGCAAGAAAGUGACGGACGCUGGGUAUUGGCUGGCGUGAUAUCUUGGGGUAUUGGUUGUGCCAUGCCCAACCAACCCGGCGUUUAUACAAGGAUAACCAAAUUUUCUGAAUGGAUCAACCAAAUCAUCAUUUUUUAGGUGUUUUCUUGCUUCUUAGACAUAUCUUUCAUGACAAUCAUUAAGAACAUAUCGUGUAUUUAUUGACAUUUCCCCCCCAUUUUCUGACGGAAAAUGUGGCCACCUCAUUUCAAAGUUACAGAGACUAAAAUUCUGUAAAUCAACUUUAUUUAACUGGAAGAGAUAAUUAGCAUCUACGAAAGAAAUCAUAUUCUUUGUGUCUUAAAUUAUAUUUAUAUGUGAUGGAUUUUGCGAGUUGCCAGCCACGACGAACAAAUACAAGAUGCAGGACAUCUUAUUGUUAAAAUAUUUAUUAUACUCGUGUCAGUCAUUUGAGCAUCUUAUUUAUGAACAUUGAUUGCAGAAAUACAUAUUUGAAAUGUAGUAAGCUUGAUGCAAGGUUUACUGUGUUUUCAAUCUUUAUCAUUACUUUUGAUAAUAAAUGAUUUUAAAAGAA